AUGCGUGCCGUAUUCCUCAAGUCCGUGGAUCUCAUGGACAGUUUCUCUGCAUGGGCGACGGGAUUAACCAACGUGCCGUCCGGGAAACGAGCCAAGAGCUCGUCAGCCUUGAAACGGCUGCUGGUGCAUGGACCAGGGGAUAGUUGGUUGAAACAUGCUGCUUUGGGCCGGGGGACUGAUCCAUCGAGAGCCGAGGACGGUGUGUUUGGGUCGGUCAGUUCAAGAGAUGAAAGCAGAGAAGAGUUCCAAGUCGACCUCGGCCAGUCUGGCAACUCUGGCGACUCUGGCGACUCUGGCGAUGGACUGAUCCGGAUCUCCCGCACAGCAUGCCCGAACAUGCCCGCAGAUGCCCGCAGAUGCCCGCUGGAACUCCUCUCCUUCGUUCCGGGUCUACCUAGUUACUUGCCCCGUGCAUCUUCUGGAAGGAAGAAUCAUGCAAAACGAAGCCCUACCUAG